AUGGCCCGCCGCGCCCCGGGAGGGACUGCCGCGUCGUGGUCGCUGUCGGUGGCCCUGGCCGCGGUGGCCUGCGGGUGCGCGGGCCGCGGCGGCGUCUGGGCGUGCAGAAACGCCUUUUCGUCUUGCUGGUUUCCUUUCAACUCCAACGUCAUGUCCGGCGCUAAGGACAUGAAGGCGCACUCCCACUACAAGGCCCGCACGUCGCCCUAUCCCGGCUCGGAGGUGCAUCGCCGCCAGGUGCCCAACGAGAAGGUGGGCUGGCGGGUUGAGUGGCACGACUAUGACCCCGUGGAGUACACGGCCCGCUCGGUCUUGGCUGGGCCCCAGUGGGCCGACCCGCAGAUCAGCGAAAGUAACUUUUCUCCCAAGUUUAAUGAAAAGGAUGGGCACGUGGAGAGGAAAAGCCAGAAUGGCCUGUAUGAGAUUAAAAAUGGCAGACCUAGAAAUCCGGCAGGACGGACAGGACUUGUUGGUCGAGGUCUUCUGGGGCGCUGGGGCCCAAACCAUGCUGCAGAUCCCAUCAUAACUAGGUGGAAAAGGGAUAAAAGUGGAAAUAAAAUCACUCACCCCAUUUCCGGAAAAAAUAUCUUACAGUUUGUUGCAAUAAAAAGGAAAGACUGUGGAGAAUGGGCAAUCCCAGGGGGGAUGGUGGACCCGGGAGAGAAGAUCAGCGCCACCCUGAAGCGGGAGUUCAGUGAGGAGGCGCUCAAUUCCCUGCAGAAAUCCAGCGCCGAGAAGAGGGAGCUGGAGGAGCAGCUGCAGAAGCUCUUCAGCCAGGACCACCUCGUGAUCUAUAAGGGCUAUGUGGAUGACCCUCGCAACACUGACAAUGCGUGGAUGGAGACAGAAGCUGUGAACUACCAUGACGAAACUGGUGAGAUCAUGGAUCAUCUGGCCCUCGAAGCCGGGGACGAUGCCGGGAAGGUGAAGUGGGUGGACAUCAACGACCAGCUGCAGCUCUACGCCAGCCACGCGCAGUUCAUCCGCCACGUGGCCGAGAAGCGGGACGCGCACUGGAGCGAGGGCCCCCAGGCCGACUGCCGGGGGGUGUAGGGGGCCACAGGCGACUGCCUCGGGGUGCAGUGCGGGUGCAGGAUCCCACCAGGUGAGCUUCACACACCUCGUGGACCGGAGGGCCGGAUUCUCUUUCUGGUCCCAAAGGAAUGCCAUCACAUUUUGUAGUAUUCUACUUAAGCAUGACGGGAUUGAAGCAAGCACUGAUCCUGGAAGAGCUCUUGAAAUAAGGGCGACCUGCUCUUCAGACGCGACAUCCCCGUUCACAGAUCUCGUCCGUCAGCCUCCUCAUCUUCUGAGACCAGAAGGACCUCCCUUCAGGAGGAGACCCGCCGUUGUCUAAAACUGAGUUUCUGUCCGUGGUUUGCUUUCCAUUUUGCUGCCUAUGAUCUUAUGGAAGCUGGUUUCCAAAACGGGAACUUUGUGUAUUUUUAACACGAACCAUCAAUUUUAUGAGGUAAUUUUAGUCACCGGUGAAGUCAAUAAAGUUUAGUG